AAGACGCAGAAGUGAGUUUCACAAUAAAAAAUAAAUAAAAAAACGGAGCGUUGAGGUGGCACGCGCACAGUGAGCUCCCGCGCACGCGGCAUUUGCUGCCUCAAAUGAGCAGCUCACGCUGAAACGGCUCCUUCGUUUUGACAGGCUCCGCAGGUAAGACCCGCUCGAUUUAUAAAGACCGCAUUCACAAAAGCGAAAAGUAUAGCAGGUGUAUUGCUAUAAAAUAAAGUUCUAAUUAUUCUCGUCGACAACAUCGCCGGCUAUGGAUUAUGUUUGAUUUGUGCGCUCGCAGUUUGGCGUGCAUUUAUGUUGCCUUGUCGAAAAGUGGACAGGCUAAACGUAUAAGGAUCUGUUGUUACGGGACUGUUUAAGGUAUUUGAGAAGCGGAUACUAAGCCUCUUUGCUGACAGGACUUCUUUCACCGCUAAAGCAUUGCAUGCAGAUACAGUACAAGGAGCCUUUGAGCAGCCCUGAAGAACUUGUUAGGCAUACCAAGAAGGUCCACAAGAGGCGAAUCUUUGAAUCUUUGGCGAAAUUUCUUCUAUAGGACAUAGGCGUGGAUCAUACAAAUGUAAUUUGCGGGAUUUAUAUAGCGAUCUCGAGAGGUUUUAUUAAAGCAAUCCCGUCUUUCUACACAAGGAAAAGAAAUGUAGACCCUGAAUAGCCAUCCAUUCGUUUGCCGAUUCAGCUCUUCAUUUGGAGACAGUGUGUGGGCUGGAAUAUAGAAGAAUCAUCAACAAAAGGAUAAUUUGAACGUAAAUCAUGACUUCUCGGAUACUCUACUUUUUUCUUUUGUCUGCGGCAUUUUUAUCCGAGCUGCAGUGCGCUUCUCAGAGAGCCACAGACGCACUUACUACUUUCCCCACGUCCGCUUUCACCAACGGCACCGACAAAAAGGACUCCAACCAAACCUUCACCUCACGGCUCAAAAGGAAGACGCUCUCGGUGGAUUUCGCCGUCCCGUCCCUGUUACGGCACUACAUGGCUCUGUUUAUAAAGCGCCCUCUUAACGGAGACUGUCUAACGUUUAACAGAUGUUACACGGUGCGCGCAAACUUACUUAUGCGCUGCGCGCCGUUACAGAAAACCAUUGCUAGUUUGCUCGAUGUAAAGUUGGCCGCGAUGAAUUUCAACAGAUCCAGCACUGGACAGCUCCCGUACCGAAACAAGCGGCCCGUGCCGAAAGUUUUGAAUUUAGGUUUGACCAAAGCCAGUCGAAAGUCCAAUCAAGUUGUGGUGGAGGUUGGUGAAGAGAUGGUUAAAACUGGAUGUGGAGGAUUGCAUGUGUAUGAGGACGCGCCGGUUCUGUUUUUGGAAAUGGACCUAACACGGAUUUUGGAAUGGUGGCUGGGGGCGGAGGGCGGCCGGCUCAGGGUCAGACUCAUGCCCGAGCGGAAAGCCCAGGUACCAGGGAAGGAGGACAAGUACUCUGCGGCCAUCAGAGCUUCAGAUGCCCGACUUUUUCUUCACAUAGCUUCAAGUGACCAACCAAUGGCCAAAAACUCAGGAAAUUCUUUGGCUGUCCCCAGAUACUGGAACUUUUCAUGGAUAGCAGAGGAUGAGCUAACUUUCCCUGAGGACCCUGUAUCAACUUCAGUUUGCUCCACAAAAGGAAAAUCUUGUGACCGUGGGCCUACUGUAUAUUAUCCUGAGUUUGCAUGGAGCUUAACAUCAGCAGAGGAUUCUUGGGCAAAGGACCAGCUGAUGGAAAAGACAAAAGCAAAUUCCCAUGGGUGGGAGGAAGGGAGGUUUCUCUCAGUAAAUGGCUCAGCUCUGACAGGCCCAUGGGUUUUGAGUCCAUGGCUACGUGCCGCCCAGCAGCCUUGUGGCCUAGAUGUGAAGGUGUUUUUGCACCCCAGACAGAGUGGACGUUAUACUGUCUGGCUCAUCGAGAGAGACAAGCCACCACUUGCUCUCCUGACCACAGAGCAUCCUCACAUCAUCGGUUGGGCAGUGGUGCACCUCAGUUUGGGCAACCGUAGCAAACCUUUCAGGAUUUCUUCCAGCUACAACCAGCCUGGCAACAUUGAGACAGCGACCUAUGACUCCCGUUUUACCACAAAUUGCACCAUAGAAACCUCUCGAAACGUCACUCUCCGGGGCCGCUAUCACUGCCAAGAGGGCUCCGAGAUCAAUGUGAGCCAGCUGUGUGACUUCAACCCUGACUGUCCACAAGGGGAUGAUGAAGGAGAACAUUGCCGUCGGUUCCUCAAUGGCAGCUAUUGCUCGUUUGGAAGGGAGGACUGCAGCUGGCAGGUGGUUCCGGGAAGCGGUCCGCAAUGGAGGAUCCAUCCAUCAAUUCCGAAAGGUCUCAGAAGCAGUUGUCCAUCAACAGGGGCGUUGUUGGCCAUUGACAGUCAACCCAAAGGUCAGCGGGGAACAGCCCAAGUGCAAAGUCCGCUUUUCUUUUACCCACUGCGGAAUGCCCCUUGCAUGGUCAAGUUCUGGGUGUGUGGCUCUACAAAUGGAGUUCUCUCCCUCUGGAUUAUAGAGAACAGCACAGGUCCCGAGGCCUAUCACAGUCUCUGGAACUCAACAACCGAGGCUAAUAUGGGGAAAGGGUGGAAACUCAUUACCAUACCUCUUUUUGGAUUGGUGGAUCUGUUUCACCUGCAGUUCAGUGCAGAUAUAUCUUCCAGUGCAGGAAGUGCCUUUGCUGUGGACAACUUUACUCUAAGUAUGGACUGUUUCCUUGAAACCAAUGGAGAAUUUCCUCCGGUAGCUCCCACAAGCCCUACACAAGCGUUGUUCACACCAAGCAUUGAGAACAUCAAGACUACUACACCACUUUAUGGAGGGCCUGGAGCAUUUUCUCUCCAACCCACGUUGACGGAAUCUAUCAAGUGGAUAUUCCACACCUGCGGAGCCACAGGUCAGGAUGGUCCAACACCAACUCAGUGCAGUAACUCCUAUCGCAACAGUAAUGUCAAUGUUACUGUGGGCACUAAAGGACCAUUCAAGGGCAUCCAGAUGUGGCGGGUUCCAGAGACAAGGAAAUAUAGAAUCACAGCAUAUGGGGCAGCUGGUGGCCGCAGUGUCUUGGCUGUUCACAAGUCGCAUGGAGUCUACAUCACUGGAGAUUUCCUGUUACAGAAAGAUGAGCUGCUGUAUAUUCUAGUAGGACAGGAAGGAGAAGAUGCCUGUCCUAAUAUGGUGGCUGCUAUGGACCGUAUCUGCAGGGAACAGCAUGGACCCUCCAUCAACAAGACCCAGCUCAAAGGAGGGGGAGGAGGAGGGGGAGGGGGAACGUACGUUUUCAAGGUGGAGAAUGGAGUCCACAUUCCUUUACUCAUUGCUGCUGGAGGUGGUGGCCGUGGCUACAGCAGCCAAUCUGAAAACCCGGAAGAAGUGAUGGACAAAAAUCUAAACAUUCCUGGUCGUAAUGGCAGAUCAGGAGCAGCAGGUGGCGGAGGAGGCUGGAAUGACACUUCCCCUGUUCCUCAAGGUGGUAGACCUCUCAUUCUAGGAGGUCAGGGUGGGGAGCCCUGUCAACUCAUGGGAUGGAAAACUCGGGGUGGUUUUGGGGGUGGUGGAGGAGCCUGCACAGCUGGUGGAGGAGGUGGAGGAUACAGAGGGGGCAGCGCAUCAAAGGAUAAUAAUCCCAGAAAGGAUGGAGAUGAUGGAACAUCUUUCAUAAACCCAAAUGGCGAGAUGUAUCUGGAGCCACUCAAAGGCAUGGAAGGCAACGGUGAAGUUAUUAUCAACCCAGUGCAAAACUGCAGUCACUGUGAAUCAGGAGAUUGCCACGAGACCUUUGAGGGCACGGUGUGUUACUGUGAUGAAGAGCUCACUCUGGCCCCAGAUGGAGUGUCCUGUAUCAACUCUACUGAAUUGUCUAUGGUGCCUUCCCCACCAUCUCUGGCAGUGGGUCUGUCUGUGGGGACCUCUGCACUCAUUGCCGCCCUGCUGCUGGCCGUGUCUGGUGUCAUGAUCAUGUACAGGCGUAAACACACAGAGCUGCAGUCUAUUCAGCUGGAGCUACAGAGUCCUGACUGUAAACUCAGCAAACUACGGGCUUCCACCAUCAUGACCGACUACAACCCUAAUUACUGCUUUGGCGGAAAGACUGCCUCUGUCAACGAUCUUAAGGAGGUGCCACGCCGCAACAUCUCUCUAACCAGAGGUUUAGGUCAUGGUGCUUUCGGGGAGGUCUAUGAAGGACUUGCUGUUGGUAUACCAGGGGAGCCCAGUCCUAUGCAGGUGGCAGUAAAGACCCUUCCUGAAGUAUGCUCUGAGCAGGACGAACUGGACUUUCUCAUGGAAGCUCUUAUUAUCAGCAAGUUUAGUCACCAAAACAUUGUGCGAUGCAUCGGGGUGAGUCUCCAGGCACUGCCUCGCUUUAUUCUGCUGGAGCUCAUGGCUGGAGGAGAUCUUAAGAGCUUUUUGAGGGAAACUAGACCCAGACUAGAGCACCCUUCCAGUCUAACCAUCGUAGACCUUCUCAACAUUGCCAGAGACAUAGCCCGUGGCUGCCAGUAUUUAGAAGAGAACCAAUUCAUCCACAGGGAUAUUGCAGCCAGGAAUUGUCUUCUGACCUGCAAAGGUCCAGGGAGAGUGGCUAAGAUUGGCGACUUUGGGAUGGCCAGAGACAUUUACAGAGCCAGCUAUUACAGAAAAGGAGGACGUGCAAUGCUGCCUGUCAAAUGGAUGCCUCCUGAGGCUUUUAUGGAGGGAAUCUUUACCUCAAAAACAGAUACAUGGUCAUUUGGAGUUUUGCUUUGGGAGAUCUUCUCGCUGGGCUAUAUGCCUUACCCGAGCCGCAGUAAUCAAGAGGUGCUAGAGUUUGUGACUAAUGGAGGCCGGAUGGAUCCGCCAAAGAAUUGCCCUGGGCCAGUGUACCGGAUAAUGACACAAAGUUGGCAGCAUCAACCAGAAGACAGACCAAACUUCUCAACUAUUCUAGAGCGGAUAGACUAUUGUCUACAGGAUCCAGAUGUGGUGAAUGUGCCUUUGCCUGUCGAGUAUGGCCCUAUUCCUGAGGAAGAAGAGCGGGUACCCAUGCGUCCUGAAGACCCGUCUGCCCCCUCCUUGCUUAUAAACCCUAAGGGCACCGAGGAUGCUUCCUCUGUCUCUGCAAGCAACUCUGAGCAGGCUAAGAGAGACGGGGAGACCCCACUCAUGCCCAGCCAUUCUUCGGAUAACCAACCUGAUCCCCCAUCUCAGCCUCAACCUCAUCACCACCCACACCCCCUGGUAGCCACUGCCCCCAUACCUACUGCUAAACUUUCCUCUACAACUCCCAUAACCACACAAGAUGGAGGCCAUGUGAAUCUAGGCUUUAUGCAGGCCCAUUCAUCAGAAAAGGAGAGCCAUAAUGGAAAGCCCACCAACCUGUGGAACCCCACUUAUGGCUCAUGGUUCCUCCAGCAGCAACAGAAGAGGCAGCAGUCACAGAGGCAGACGAGUGGCCCACGGAUCCUGGGUAAAGGUCAGGAACAAGCAGGCCGGACUGUGACAGUAGCGGAAGCUCUGGGCCUGCAGCAACAGCACAAACAGCAACAAUACCAACAGCAGCUCCAGCGUCAACAUCAACAGCAGCAACAAGGCCUGUGCGGUCCACUUUUACCCCCGCCUCCUACCCAGGCACCGUUGCUUCUGGAUUCGGCCACUCUAGCUCCAGUCCCUCUCUACAGACUACGUCGCUUUCCUUGCGGGAACAUCGGGUAUGGGUAUCAGGAGCAGGGGUUGCCCUUGGACCCCAUGCCAGGGCCCCAGCCACCUCCUCAUUCUGGUCAGCAGAGGCCCAUAUCUUUGGCUCGGGCCAGUGGGCCUGAGGACAGCCGUCCACUUUUGGUCACCAUGGGUACGGUGCAAGACUCCAGACUCCCUAAAAUGGAAGGACACAAUGCCACUGUGCUGUGAUUGUGCACGCUCUUUCUCUGUCAGUGCCAACUCUGCGAAACACUGUGCUGUCCGGCUACAUCCACCCUUUGAUGGAUUAUUGUAAACUCAAAGAAAGCUCUCAAAAGUCCACUGAUCAUUGAAACAGAACGACUGUUAGUUAUUUGGAAGACUGAUUUUCUUCUAAAAGCCACAUUUGAAAGUCUGAGAGACAAAAAAGGAAACUGAUUAGACCCUCCAAGGACUAAUUCUGUGAAAAAGACUAUAUUAUAAUAUAAUAUUUUUCCAAAAUUGGGGAGAAAAAAAAUAAUUUGUUGAUGUUUGCUUGCCUGCUUGUUUAUUUAUUCAUUUGUUAAUUUAUUAUUUAGAGGUCAUAUAAAUUAUUAAUGGGUGUGCUUCAGAAAGCAAACUGUCCCAUUCAUUAUUUAUCAUUUUCUUCUUUUUUGGACUUGGUUAGCUUUUAAACUGCCACAGAUUUCAUCUGUCAGAUAAAAUUAAUUAAUGGAGUUUUUAAUUGCUUGUGUUUUAGAAACCGACAAGUGUCUUAGGCAGUCGAUGGCAACGUGACAACUUGUUGCCUUUUAAAUGUGAGGAAAUGUAGCAACUGGUGAGGGAUUAGUCAGUAAAGGCCUUUUCACAGGAGUUCUCAAUGCUCCUCACACCACGAUUGUUGCACUGCUUUGAUAUUUACAUGAAAAGCACUGUACAAGGUCAUGUUUCUGGCUUUUCAGGUAGUAAAAAAGUAAAAGGAGAAAGGAAACAAAAGAAGUGAAAGGAAACUUGUGAAAGGAAACAAAAGAAGGUGAUAUGUUUAAGAUCUGAAAUGGUGAAUAUUUUGUAGACUGCUUUUUUUUCUAGCAGAGAGAUAUUUGUCAUAACAUCCAUGCUGAAAAGACCAGCUUAAACCACCUGGUCUAGCUGGUGGUCUGGCACGGUAUUUACCAGCAAACCUUGAUUAGUAAAGGAUGCUGACCAGCAAAGUUUCACAGGUAAAGCUGAUUGACCAUUUAAAAUAGUAAAUGCUGGUGACUAGCAGUGCUGGUCUUUUAAGCAGGGAAAUCUUGGAUGUUGUGCCGUACUUUUGUGUAUUUUAAUAAGCUUAAGCUUUAAUUGAUUUUGUUUUCAUUUCCAAGGUGGAACAACCCAAGAAUGAUACAUCAUGGUAAUCAUAAUCAUUUGCUAAGUUGUUUAAACAUUGAGUUUCAUGCUAUAAAAGUUAAGUUGCACGCAACAUAGCUUGGCAGUGACACCACAGCUUGACACUUUGCUUUUUAGAGUUCAAAACCUCAUGGACUGCUGAUGUGACUCAUGUGAAAGGUUCUUGACUGUGCUUAAUAAAUCUCUGGCAUUGACUACAUAAGAUGAAAUGUAUGCAUUUUCUGAAAAAAAGGUACUUAUAUCUUUAUUCCAUUGUUUUUUUGCUUUAGCAUUGGCAUUUUUGGCAUUUUGCUUACGUAUAUAGAAGCCUGUUUGCUCAGAACAUUAUUAACUGUCAAUCACUUAUGAUUUUGGUUUCUUUUUGUAUCAGACUUAUUUAAUGUAUAUUAAUGAGGAACAUCCAUUUUCAUAUAUAAUUUUUUGACAAUGCCUAAACAGCCAUUGUGACAGGCAUAAAUAUAUUUGCGUAUUCCUAUCAAGCUGCUAUUUCAAACUUUCUUAUUUGUAAUAUCUUACUGUGAGAAAGAAAUGUCACACUUCAACUCUUGGUUAUUUUUCACUCAUUUUGAGAGGGUCUAGUAUUUGUGUUACUAGUGGUUUCGUGAAAAAAAAUAUUUCGUCAUAAUCUUUCUUUGUCACCUUUGUAAAAAGUUAUACAUUGGUGUAUACAAAAUUGUAACUAAAAAAGAUGCUAAAAUAUUCUUUAAAUGUAACAUCCCUGGUGACUUUAUGAGAUCAUGAUUUACAAUGUCAGAAGACGGCUUUUUGUUAGCAUUAUUGCUAUUCUUUUGUCAUAAGUAUAUUUAUGUAUAUUUUAAGAAAGCUAGCCUGAGGUUUGAGAGCUGCCUAUAUGGUUUUGGGAAAUAUAUAUAUUUUUUGCUUAUCACAAUGAAAAGUGACCACACUCUUGUAAAAAUGUUGUAAAACCUUAUUGUAUCAUGUAUCUGUUAAUCUCUGUAAUUCAACAUUCAACAUUGACAUCUGAGACAUGAAUAAAUGACUUAACUUUG